UGUUUCCUUGGGCAAGGCGCAGGCCGGGGUCUCUCGCUUUCCGCGCCGCGCUUCCAACAUGUCCGAGGCGCCGGAGCCCCGGGGCCUCCCCGAUGAAGCAGCUUACAGUGCCUGCUCCGACCCGGAUCCCAGCACCAAGGACUUUCUGAUGCAGCAAACCAUGUUAAGAAUAAAAGAUCCUACAAAGUCACUGGAUUUUUACACAAGAAUUCUUGGAAUGACAUUGCUUCAAAAAUUUGACUUUCCUACAAUGAAGUUCUCGCUUUAUUUCUUGGCAUAUGAGGAUAAAAAUGACAUCCCAAAAGAUAAAACAGAGAGGACUGCUUGGACCUUCUCUCGGAAGGCUACGCUUGAAUUGACGCAUAAUUGGGGCACUGAAAAUGAUGAGAGUCAGGCUUACCAUAAUGGCAACUCAGACCCCCGAGGAUUUGGUCACAUUGGAAUUGCUGUCCCUGAUGUAAAUGCAGCUUGUAAGAGGUUUGAAGAGUUGGGAGUGAAAUUUGUGAAGAAACCAGAUGAUGGUAAAAUGAAAGGACUUGCAUUUGUACAGGAUCCUGAUGGCUACUGGAUUGAAAUUUUGAACCCUAACUACAUGGUGACCCUCACCUAGACUUGGAGGAACAUACUGAACAAAAUUUGAUCUGUGUUUUCAACUUCCCAUUGAACUUUUAUAACAGUGUACUGUAAUAAGAUUUAUGUUUCAUUGGGAAGAAUUAAUCGUGCCCACAAGUUAUUCUUUUGCAAUCCUAUUAGAGACUUUUUUCUGCUUGAGUUUCCUUUUCCUACUUGAUCUUGUUUUGUUUUUUUGUGAUGCCCAUGCAUUUUGCUUCCAACUGGGAAAGCACAAUUCCAGCUGUUCUGGAAGUGCCCAUACAUUCUUCCCUUCAAGGUUAAUUGAGGUAAGCUGUAUUCAUCAGCCAAAAUUUCAAGAAUAUUUAAAUCUAGCCUGAGACCUUUUAUUAUUGUAUUGGGAUAUUCAGCAACGAAACCACUGCUUUUUAAUAUUAUUUAAAUCCACCGCCAGCAGUAACAACUUGGUUGUUUAAUGUGAUAAAGGGGAGAAAAUAUCUGAAAUUAGUAGUUUGAUAAACUAGAAAUAGAAAUUUGAAGGCUUUGGGCCCAUUUCACUUUAUUGAAAUUAUUAGAAAAUUCCAUUCAACUUCAGGAUGAGGAGGACUUGCACUUUCCUGUUUGUGAUUAUCAUGUUUAAUGGUAGACUUUCAGGAGCAACUUGUAGAUAUGCAAGUUAUCUAAGCCUAGAAACUUAGUGGCAGUGCCAUUUUAGUGCAAUAUGGAAAAUUCAUUUUGCAUACUUUUGAGCACUGUGGCUGCUGACUACAGAUAGAUAUUGAAGCUUCUAUGACCCUCAGCUCAAAAGGUCCCCGUUAUCUAUUCAUUAGCUGAGUACUGCAAAGAGCACAUACCUCCUAAUCUGUUACUGGUUGGGAAGCUGGAGGUUUGUUAAAACAGCACACUUAAAAUUUAUCCAGGUACAGUUGGUCAUAGAGGAGUCUAAGUAACUGAAACCCUAGUAGUGUCUAAACCACCUGCUGUUAUAACCCACUCUUAAUCUGCCUCUUAAAAUGUAAAAAAUAAUAGUUGCAGUUACACUGUAGUUGUACAUAACAAAAAACAUUUCAGGUUUGAAAAUCUUACAGAAGACAGUCUGGGUUUAAACAGUACUUUUGGAGUAUAUGGGGCACAACAUAGGUUAUGAAAUACUUUAAACCAAACAAAUGAACAACACUGCUUUGAUAGUUGGUGCAUUUCAGGAAACACUUUUUAGGUCCCAUAGAUUGAACAACCCUGAGUAAUGUGACUGGUAAACUGGGUAGCAGUGUACUAUCAAAAAAUAUUUCUUUCUAAAUAAAGCAUGUGUGAAAUCUU